UCUGGCAACAUGGCGGUGAAAAUCGAAAAGUUUACAUCAGAAGAUCGUGGUCGAGGCUACAGAACAGUAACCCGGGUGAAAGUAGGCGAACUGGUAUUGAAAGCACAACCGUUUGUACAUGUUUUAUGUAACACUGAACGCGGAAAUAGAUGCGAUUUUUGUCUACGCAGCACCGAAAGUUUGUUGAGAUGUUCAAGUUGUAAAUUUUCACGAUAUUGUAACGUGAAAUGUCAGCGAUCUGCAUGGACAUGCCACAAGGCUGAGUGUAAAUCUCUUAAGAAAGUUUCACCCAGAAUUCCUCCAGGCAGUGUUCGAUUGAUGUCAAGGAUAUUGUACAAGCUUAAAGACAAAUCAUGUGAAUCACAGACAAUAACCGAAUUCAUGUCUCUACAGUCACAUGACACUGCUUUAACCCCAGAAAAGAAAGAACAGUUUUCCCAGCUCCUGUUUGUCUUAAAUCAGUACGUAGAUGAAGGUACCCUACCAAAUGAUGUCUCUGAUUUGUUAUGCAUAUUUGGUAGAAUGACGUCCAAUAGUUUUUCUGUAUGUGAUUCCGAAAUGAAACCUAUUGGUGUGGGUAUAUAUCCAAGUGCUUCUCUUCUGAACCAUAGCUGUGACCCUAACUGUGUGGCCGUGUUUAAUGGAACAGAUCUGUGUAUAAGAGCUGUUAAACCAAUCAGUGUGGGAGAUGAGUGUGUUAUUAGCUACAUUGAGAUGAUGUCCACAACCAGUGAAAGACGAGAACACCUCCAAGAUCAGUACUAUUUCCAGUGUGUCUGCCAUGCCUGUAAAGAUAUAGACAAGGAUAAUUUAAAGCAAAGUAUCCAGUGUCACACAGGUGGAUGUAAUGAGCCAAUAGUGAUGAAAAAUAAUGGGUUUGCAGCAUGCAGUAAAUGUGGACAUCAAUACGACAAGACACAUCACCAGAUCGUAUCACAGUCUGUGAAUGUUGUGAAGCAAGCUUUACUCAAGAUUGAAGAUGCCAAAAAACAACAAAAUAUCCUUUUUUCAGUCUUUUCUGCUUGA